AUGGCUCGAAUCAAAAUGACUGUAAAACACAAAAAAUCAUGCCAAGAACCAGAGGAAAACCAAGACGUCUACUCAAGCACUGACUCAGAUUGUCAUGAGGAAAACCAAUCUGAAGCAACUUCCAUGAACACCAUUUCUUCAUCUCAACCAUCCAAAAGCUCCUCUCCUUCUAUUACUCCAAAAAUCGUCAAAAAAUCCUCCUCCUCAACUCCUUCCAGGCGCUCCUCCAGAAUCAUGUCUGGAGUCGUUUCGACCAAUAAGGCACCUCCUCAGGACAAUACGAUUCAUGUCAUCAACUAUGAUGAUUCAGAGACCACUCCUCCAGUUGAACCAGCACAACAACCUCCUCCUGCAAAAUCAAAUUCCAAAACUUCAACUCCCAAAAAGGCCAAACCAUCUUCACCAAAACCCCCUUCAUCAUCCACAAAAAUUUCUGAAAAUGCUUCACUGUUUGAUUCAGCCGAAUUAGAAACUGUCUACACUUCCAAAUGGCAAAACAAGUCAGUGGUAAAUGGAAAAAUCAUUGACCUUGCUGAUAUCAAACAAGGAGGGUUCAAUAUGAAGAUUCAAAAUGAUGACCGUCCUGCCUCAAAGAAAAGAAAAACUCGUCCUUCCUCUGUUUCUCAAAACUCUGAAGAUGAAACCCCUCAUCCUCCACCUGAGGAUACACCAUCACCACUUAUUCCAGAACCAACCUCUCCACUGCGUAACUCUCCUGAUACUACUCCUUCUCCUGCCUCACCUGUCCCCACAACAACUCAAUCUACACCAAUCCACAAACUGACUCCCCUUCAUGAAGCCGAUCCUAUCCCUGAGAAUGCCUCAAAAUCAACUUCUCCUCAACAUAUGGAAGAUUGUGAAGAAUUAUACUUUGAUCUGAAUUUAUCUUAUCCUCCAUCUCAUACGGGUGUGCCUAUGGCUUCUCCUCCCACUGUGCCAGUGGAUGAAGAUGUAAUCCUUCCACCAGAUUUUUCGCAACAAAUUCCUCCUGCUACAAACUUUGAAAAAACUGCUCAACCUCUCCCUGAGGUUACAGGUGUGUUCAGUUCCCUUGACUCCUUCUUUACUGCCACAACUCAUAACCAGUCAAAGGACAAGGCUGGGAGCUCUCAGAAUAAGAGUUCCAGUGUAAAUGAUCAGCCUAAAGGCUCGGUUCCUAGCACAAGGAUUGGGGAAACCAAGAAGCAGAUGAAACUCCUCAAAUUAAUUAGGAAAGACCAUAAGAAAAUUCUUCAGCGCUUCACUCACUUUCAGAACUCCUUGGUUCAAUUUGGGCUCAUUCUUGAAUGGGUUACCAAACACUUGGUUGCUACUAUUGCUCCCGGAGAUCAUCCUCCUGAGCUACCAGCCCAGCCAAUCUCUAAUGUUCCAUCUCCUUCAUCCUCAUCAGAUGAACCAGCCUCCUCAGAAUAA